AUGAAAGUGGUGUCAUUGAGAGGAAUACGGAAGGCGAUUGCCAUCUACACGCUGUUGGUCUUGAUUGCGCUCAUCGGAGAAUUGGAUUCCCACGAGUUGCGGCCGUCGUACCACGGACUCGACUACCAGAGUUCUGCGGCGGUGGCGGGACACGAGUCAGCGCCGGAGAUGAGGUCGUUCUUCGGCGGAUCUUCUUCUCCGACGUCGACCGUGGCGAUGCCGAAGGCCAUGAACUCCAACUCCACUAACAACGACACGUCGUGGUGGGGAGGCCAUUCAGCCGGUGGGAAAGAUCACGUGAGGGAGGUGCUGCUGGUGGCUAGCGUAGCGUGCGGCAUCACAGGUGUCGCUUUGUUAGUGGCCUCCACUCUGAUUUGCGUGUUCAAAUCCCGACGACAAAGAUCACCGCCGGUGCCACCACCAACUUCGGCGGUGUCUGCAUCAUCAUGUCAUGAUGCUGAGAAUAAGUUGCAGAUAGUGGUUCGUGAUUCUUGA